AUGGCGUCUAACAGGAGACGUCCCGGCCUCUCCCAGGAGGAGAUCUUGAGUCUCGCCCUCUCCCAGGAGGAGAGCGGGAGUUACGGCGUCUCACAGGCAAUAGCGAAUGAAGAAGACGAAGAAUCCCUCCCACGGCGCUGUCCAUUCCCACCGCCCCGCCGGUCUCGAGAAUUGCUCGAGCGGCCAGAGCUGCUCGAAUCUGAGUCCGAGUCACUCGAGUCAGCCGACAAGAUCUAUGAGAUGUCCGAGCUUGAAUCGUCAUUGUCCAAAGGGUCCGCGGCGUCCAACGCGCGUAGCUUAGCCAUUAUCAAUCUGUUUAGGGAUUUCGAAUUCGAAAUUCUUUGA